AUGGCCCGGUUCCAAAAGGUGGAACUGGCCGAGGCCCUGGAGUUGGGUCCCAACUGGAGACACUUCUGUUACGUACUGCUCUACGCACCCAACCCGGGGAUGCUCUUCGACCGCAUCCCGCUGCGGUACGCCGUGCUGAUGCAGAUGCGGUUCGAUGGACGCCUGGGCUUCCCAGGAGGCUUUAUGGAAAUGCAGGACAGCAGCCUGGAGGACGGGCUGAACCGAGAAUUGCAGGAAAAGUUGGGAGAGGCAGCGUCUGCCUUCCGCGUGGAGCGCACAGAUCACCGAAGCUCACGCGCCGGGACAAAACCAAAUAUAGUGGCCCACUUCUACACCAAGCUUCUGACCCUAGAGCAGCUGGAGGCUUUGGAAGCUAGCGCACCACGAGCCAAAGACCAUGGGCUGGAGGUUCUGGGCCUUGUGCGGGUGCCUUUGUAUACCCUGACUGCCUUCCUGGAGAAUUCCUUUAUUGGCAAUGCCCGGGAGGAGCUACUAGAAGCCCUCUGUGACUUACAAAUUCUGGAACCUGGCUCUUUCUCAAACCUUAAGAUCCCAGCUCAUCACCUUCCAAGGACCCAUGGAACCUGA